CAAUAAGGCCUGUCCAUAAACCAUGUAAACUCUAAGAGGGGGGUCUAGGCAAAGUCUACGCUUCAUACAAAUUUGUACAAGUCUACGAGGUGGGAGGAGGGGGAUCUCAGAUAACCAAAAAUAAGUCUACGUAGUUUAUGGACAGCGCCAUAUAUCACGUGUUCGUUUCCCACUCUGAAUCCUUUUUGCUGCGUGCAUCGUAUAGCAUAUCAUUUUCACCACUCACCAGUCCGUCUCGUUUUUUCUCUCUUCUUAGCUCUUGCAACCACCUUACAGCGCGCUCCUCUUUGUUAUUCUAAACUACAUCACCAAAGGGGGCGAAAAGUCAACGCUGGUCGCGAGAAGACCAAACCACACCCACUUUUCACCACCCGCAGGCAGCAGGAAUAUGCGCGCUGCAGCUGCAAGGAUAUCAACACCAUACACUACAGCGUCGUAAUACAGACCGCACAGGACAAACUACCAUGUCAGCGUGGCGGGCGGUGGUGUGGUUAAAUUAUCACGAGCACGUGUGAUUGGGUCUCGCGCGCGCAAAUGAUAUGCGAUACUGAACGCUUGUUUCGUUUGACCUGAUGCGGUGGCGGGGCUCAUGAUCUCGCGUGAUGAUUGGGUGGUCGUGUCGGACCAAGCUGUGGUGCGGUGGUGACGAAAGCGACAAAAGGGCGAACAUUGGAUCACGACUCGGCGGUCAUCAAAUUGGGUUCGAGUGAGUGUUUGCCUCUUCCUGUCGGUGUCGAUAGAUCAAUUGCUCGCGGAACGCCAAACCGGAAGGACACGCGUCGGUAGUAGUUCCUUCGGUGCCAUUCGGAAGUGAAGUGUGUACGAGUGUGCAAUAGAAAAGUGGAUUUCCGUGAACCAGUGAUUAGCUUCAGCCAUGGUUGAACCAGGACUCAAGCUAUCCAACGGGCCGGGUGCCCUCUGCAAGGUGUGUGGAGAUCGAGCAUCUGGUAAGCACUACGGAGUUCCAUCAUGUGACGGUUGCAGAGGCUUUUUCAAGCGUAGCAUCAGAAGGUACAACUUAAAUCUCGAAUAUGUGUGCAAGGAGGGAGGAAAAUGCGUUGUCGAUGUAUCCAGACGCAAUCAGUGCCAGGCGUGUCGUUUCGCAAAGUGUCUGCAGGCCAACAUGCGGCGGGAAGCUGUUCAACAUGAGCGCGCCCCUCGCAAUUGUGCCCCACUUGCCGCGAUGAAUGGAAUAAAUCCUUCCGAUUUCUACCCCUCGCGAGCCUUCGCCAUGCCACAGACAAAUCUAUUCUUCCCGCUUCCCUUGCACAUAACGGCAUCGUCGGCAUUCACCCCCAUGGAUCCAACCCGCUUCAUCCCACCAUAUGGAGGAGGCACAUCAAUGUUCGAUCACUUUCCGCCGACGGCAUUCGGUGCUGCAUCCUCGGUUCCGCCGAUGGCCAAUCUGAAAAGUGAGAAAUCCAUUUCGGAGUCAAUUUUCACCAAGAUCACCGGAGAUACAGCCCCACUGCAGCCACCACCGUCCUACACCAUCAGCGCCAUCCUCAACUCCAGCAGCUUUGCCGCCAAAGAGAACGAAGUCAGCAGCUCCGAGGAGAGCAUCAGCAGUAAUCAACCGACGAACAGCGGCGAAAAGUCGGAAACGGACAUGCUACUCGAAACGGCGGCCAAGCUGCUCUUUCUAGCGGUGAAGUGGGCCAAAUCGGUGCCAUCGUUUCUGCAGUUGCCGACUGCCGACCAGAAGGUGCUACUCGAGGAAUCGUGGGCGGAGCUGUUCGUCAUAACCGCAGCCCAAUGGGGGCUGCCGAUCGAUAAUGAUUUCAUCACUCGCAAUCCAUCGGCAAGAAGACUUCACGCAGCCAUCCAACAGUUUGCCCUGGCCCGUGUCGACUACCGCGAAGCAGCUUGCCUGAAGGCACUGAUCCUGUUCCGAUCGGAAAACUCCAACCUCUACUCGUCCCAUGAUAUUCUACUCCUACAGGAUCAAACCAUAAGCCUGCUGCACGAAAAGUGCGGCGGCGUAAGGCUGGGCCAUCUACUGCUCCUGCUGCCCUGUAUAAAGUCGGCUGCAAAUCCAAAAAUUUUGCAGGAGAUGUUGUUCCGAAAAACCGUCGGCGAGGUCGCCAUCGAACGAUUGCUGGGCGAUUUAAUGAAAACUUAAAACGACGAUGGUUAGUGCGGCGAAGGAUCG